GCGGUGCUCGCCAGCGGCGUCCCGACGAGCGUGGACGCGCAGACCCAGCAGAGGCUGGCCGCUGCGCUCUGCUCGUGGCUGCGGGGGAACACGGACGCCCCAGACGCGGACUUGGGCUGCCUGUACGCUGUGCUCCGCGUGCUCUGCAAGGUGAUCGAGGACGACGCCGCCAGCGGCGCCGUGGCCGUGCAGAAGGGCCUGCUUUCCACCGCUACCACGUUGCUCAUCGCCCACGCGGCCAACGCCAGGCUCACGCGGUGCUGCCUGGAGGCGGUGGCCACUCUGAGCGCCAUCGAGAACUCAGACGUCAUCAUCAGCCGCCUGGGGACCGUGCCCCUGGUGGUGGACCUGCUGCGCAAGUACCGUGACGUCGACGACGCGGUUCUGGAGGACGCCGUCACGGCCCUGGCGCUGCUGGCGAAGCGAACACGGCACCGCCGCACCCUGUCCCAGGGGGGCGGCAUCACGGAGCUGGUGGACACCUUGAAAAGGUGCGUCGACCGCCCGCCGCUCGUGAUUGCGGUCUGCCGGUGCUUCGGCAACUUCGCCGCCAAGGAGGAGUUUUGCCUGACGGUGCUAGAGCACGGCGGCGUCGGCGCGCUCAUGGCGGCGUUCGACACCGCCUCCAGGGGUGUAGGCCCCGCGCCGAACGACACCCGCGCCGCUGUUCUGUCCGCCAUCUGGGCCUGCUCCACCGACUGCGGCAGGGUGCAGCAGGCGCUGCUCGCCUCUGGCUGGCUGGCCUCGCUGGCGGCGGUCUUGCAGGCCGGCGAGAUCAACCACGCAGGGCUCCACGAGGCGGCGCUCGGCAUCGUGCGGGGCCUCAGCCGCGGGCCGCAGUACCAGGCUGACAUCGUCAAUUUAGGGUUCAUUCAGACCACAAUUCAGGCGAUGCAGACGUUCAGGGGCCGCACGUCGCUGCUGAAGGAGGCCUGUGGCGUCCUCGGCAACCUGGCGUCGGACCCCGAGAUCCGUGCCCAGCUAGGGGAGAGCGGCGCGGUGGAGGAGAUCUGCGCCGUGCUGCGCGGGUGCCAGAAGCACGACGACCGCAAGGUCGCCAAGCUCGCCCUGGGAUCCCUGUCGAACCUCGCCAGUUCGGACAGCAACAGGGAGGCCAUGGCCAAGACCGACGUCGCGCAGACGCUCCUCGAGGCCUCGCGGGUGUUCAUCAGCAACGAGAACGUCAUCGAGUACGCAGUCGGGGCCAUCUCGCACCUGGUGGUCCACGAGGGAUGCUGCGCGCAGCUGCAGCGGGCAGGCGCCGUGGAGGCGCUGCUGCUGUUCAUCAGCGAGCACAAGGAGGACCUCCAGGUCGUCUCCAAGUCGCUGGUGGCCCUCCGGAAGAUCCUCCGGCGCGCAGGCCGCGCGGGCCCCGGCCAGCAGCAGGCCACCCUGCAGCAGGUCGCGCGCGCGGGCGGGCGGGACGGGUGCAGCGGCGUGGGGCUGCUGGCGGAUGCCAUGCAGGACCCCUCCCUUGCGGGCGACGCCGUGGUGGUGCGGGAGGUGGCGUUGAUAUUGGCGGGCCUCGCGCGCAGCCCCGCGAGCGUAAAGGCGCUGAUGGCUGCGGCGGUGCCGCCGUGCAUGAAGGCUUUGGAGCUGCACCAGAACGAGUCCGAGGUGGCCGACGCACUCGCCGGCCUCCUCUCCGAGCUGCCCCUCGAGGAGGACGACCGCUGGGCGAAGGGGCCAGCUCCCUCGCGCCUGGACGACCUGGCCGUCUCGUCUCCGCGGGCAGGCUUCGGCGGCUGA